GGGGGAGGUAAGUUGCCAGUUCUGCCCGUUGCAAUGUCCCUCAGCGCGACCUUCACCAGCGCCACCACCAUCUUGGGGAUACCCGUGGAGGUGUACUCCAGGGGCGGAGAGCAGUGGAUUUGGUGUCUGGGGCUCAUCCCUUGCUUCCUGAUUGUUGCCUUCUUUAUCGUGCCUAUCUUCUACAACCUUCAUCUGACAAACGCCUAUGAG